AUGUCCCUCUUCCGCACCCUCGACCGGACCUCUGCUGUCUCGAAUACCGCCCAUGCACGACCAUUCCUCGCCUUCCUAUACCCGAGUCCUGAGAAGAAUACGUCAAAGAGAAGAUUCAGCAAGAAGGCGAUAGACAAUGCUCGGCUACCCGAAAGGACAACUGCUCGCAUGGACACUUUCUUCAUCCAAGCAUUGGUGCGGGCGGGAUCGUGCCCAAAGCAUGCAAAGCACAUACACACUGUACGCGAGGUAGCAUCGGCGCCGCCAAAACAUCACGCAACGCGGAGAAAGAGCACGUGGAUGAAGCCUGAGAAGAAUGAGUUUGGCUCACAUCUAGAGCGCAAAGGCCCGCUCAAGAAAGUUCAAAGCUUCGCCGAGAAGGAACUUCAAGCCCUGAUAGACUACUACGGCAUGGAGAUUGACACCCGGCCUGAGGCAGCUGUUCCAGAUGACGGGAAGCUCGUCUGGAAUGUUGGUGAUAACCAUGAGCCUUGGCCCCUCCGCGAUCCAGCAGAUGCUGUGCACAUUGACAAACUGGAGACUCUGCUGAAGGACGAGGAGGCACCUCACGAAGAGGUAUUCGAUACCUAUAGGAAGCUGCAGUCGCCGGGCGUUGUGUAUCUCAAUACUGUCACUAUUCGAGCGCUGCUGCACCAUCUCGCUGUCGUCGAACGCCCCACACCUAUCGCAGCGCAACGCUUCCUCUCCAUCCUAGACGAUAUGAAGACCGCGCACAUACAUAUAAUUCGCGCGGAAUGGACAUCAGCUAUUCAUCUGACGGGACGCGCCAUGGGAGCCGUAUCCGAAGAGGACCUGCAAUCAACCCUUCGUAUUUGGCAAGACAUGGAGCACCGAGCUGGUCUAAAGGGUGGUUAUGUCACGUUCAACGUGCUCUUCAAUAUCGCUGUUAAAGCGGGGAAAUACUCGCUGGCCGAGACCUUCAUGAAAGAGAUGCAGGCUCGAAACCUGCCCAUGCAUCGACAUUACCGUGUAGCACUUCUCUACUACCACGGCGUUUUGCAAAACGGGAAUGCCGUUAGGAGGGCAUAUCUGGACCUUGUUUCGGCGGGAGACAUUGUAGACACUGUUGUCAUGAACGCGGUCAUAGCAUCUCUGAUGCGGGCUGGUGAGCCUUCAGCCGCUGAACAUGUCUUCGAGCGCAUGAAGCGUCUGCACGCCAUGAGGACCACCACCGCACCCGGUCACGCAUUUUUCAACCGCAACUGGCGCGAUCGUCGCUUCCUGGGCAUGCGAUUCAGAGACGAGUCGCGAAGACUGAAGAAACAGGGCAAAGACGAAGAAUUGAAGCAAUUACAAGACUUUGCGCCUAUCGGUCCUGAUUCUAGGACAUAUGGCAUCUUAAUUCGGCACCAUGCAGCAGUAGCCGGCAACAUUGACCGCGUGAACGAACUAUUACAAGAGAUGAAGUGGAACUCCGUCCCAUUCGAUGGCACCAUCUUCAUCGUCAUCUUCCACGGCUUCAACGCUUUCGGCGGCGUCCGCUAUACCUCGUGGACCGCCUCCCGACUCGAGAAGAUAUGGCAACAAUACCUAAAAUCUCUGAACGAAGACUUGGAGAGAACCUGGCUCUCCCGGCUCGCUGUCAUCGCAGCGCUCAGGGCUUUCGGCCGAUGUGCAACUCCAGAGAGGAUACUGAAGGCAUGGGAGGAGAUCCGCGAGUUAUGGCACCCAAACGAACAGGAGCUUGAGGCCGCGCUGAUGGUACUGCGUAAGCUAGUACCGAGUCAACUGGAUACGACACCCAGACCAGGGUUCUUCGAUGGAAGAAGACCAUCGUGA